UACUUUUUUGUUGUUGUUGUUGUUGCAGAGCAUGUGCUUAAUAUGAGCAACUAAGAAAUAAAUAUAAAAACACUUUCACUCAUCAACCACUGUUUGAGGAGCAUGCUCUCGCUGCGUGACAGGUGAUAUUCCACCCAAACUCUGUAUGCCAUGGGCUCUCCAACCCUGUUCCUACAGCUACCCAGUGCUUAAUUUGGGAAAUCAAGUGAAAUCUGUUCGGGAACAUCGACUGUUGCUCUGCAACAAUACAGCUGCUAUUAGCUAAAUGUUAGCUUGCUUGUCCUAAAUCCAGCAGCUAGCCUCUUGUAAAUAGCUGGCUAACACCAGUCACCUGAAAGCUAGCUAAUGAACAGGCAAAGAAAUGUAGCUAGCUAUAUUUGUUCAUGGAAGAUUUGUUACACAAAUAACUUCAUCCAUUAGCUAGCUAGAGCUAGACAACAACAUAUAAUCUCAACACAGAAGGUAGCUAACGAUAACUAGUUCACUUUCAAAUGCCAGUGCUAAAUAUUUCCACAAAACAUAGAUGGCUAACUACAUCAGUUCAAAACCAACACCAAACUUUGUGGAAAGUGUCACGAUGCUACCUUGCAAUGCAAUUUGGCUUUUGCAACUCUAGCUAGCUACUCUGUAGUCCAAUCUACGGCAAGAUCUUGCCAUAUUUCACUGUCAGACAGGACACAACUCAAACUGUAGCUGAGAAAACAAUACAGAUGUAAACAGCAUGUUGUCCACUGCAGUGAGCAAAUGCUUGCUUGCUAACAUCAGGACAAACUCACCAGUUUCAAGCAUCCAGAAUAAAUUAAAGUAUGCUCCUUCUCCUGUCUUGACAUUUUUAUCCAAAUCUGUUUAGAUCAACAGUGCCAAACUAACAACUGCCAUUUGGCCAGCUAGAUUAUUUUUACAGUUCCAAUCUGGAUGCUGGACAGGCCCAUGUGUUGGAUAUUUGUCAACAACUCUGCCAUGCACUGCCAUUCCAGUGGUGAGGGGCUAAUGAGGGCAAGAAAUAUGUUACGAAAUAUUUGUUUUCUUCUCAAUUGCAACAAAGGUUGAAGCUAAUGCAGUGAAGCUAAUGCAGUCAGGCUCCACAUUACUACAAGAAAAAACUGCUUGGUCAAUUAAACAUGAUGGUCUUGCAAGUGUAAAAUCAAAGCUUGCUUUCAUAUACACUGAACAACAAUAUAAACACAACAUGUAGAGUUUUGGUCCCAUGUUUCAUGAGCUGAGAUAAAAGAUCACAGAAAUGUUCUAGAUGCACAAAAAGCACAUUUCUUUAUUUUUUUGGCACAAAUUUGUUCACGUCCUGGUUAUUGAGCAUGUCUCGAAAUGCAAGAUAAUCCAUCCACCUGACAAGUGUGGCAUAUCAAGAAGUUGAUUAAACAGCGUGUUCAUUACACAGGUGCACCUUUUGCUGGGGAUAAUAAAAGACCGCUCUAAAAUGUGCAGUUUUGUCACACAAUACAAUGCCGCAUGUCUCCAAGUUUUGAGGGAGCAUGCAAUUAGCAUGCUGACUAAGAAUGUUCACCAGAGCUGUUGGCAGAAAAUGUAUUGUUCAUUUCUUUACCAUAUGCCGACUCCAACUACGUUUGAGAGAAUUUGUCAGUACGUCCAACCAGGCCUCUCAAUCGCAGACCAUGUGUAUGGUAUCGUGCGGACGAGCGGUUUGCUGGUGUCAACAUUGUGAACAGAGUGCCCCAUGGUGGCGUUAUGGUAUGGGCAGGCAUAAGCUACGAACAACAUUGCAUUUUAUCGAUUGUCAAUUUGAAUGCACAAAAAUACCACAAUGAGAUCUUGAGGCCCAUUGUGAAGACCUUUUUUUUAAGGUAGCUGUAACCAACAGAUGCAUAUCUGUAUUCUCAGUCAUGUGAAAUCCAUAGAUUAGGGCCUAAUGAAGUUUUCAAUUAACUGAAAUGUACUAAAAUCUUUGAAAUGGUUGCGUUUUAUGUAUUUGUUCAGUAUAAUUUUUUUCAAACAUUGGAGAAGUUUAGCCUCUCGCUUCAAUGUUCUUGGUUAUUGCGGAAAUGUACCCACCAUGCUAUUUACUUUGCACCUAUAGCCUAUGUUAUAUCGCUGAGUCUACCUUUAAACUCAGAAUAUGCUAUUCGUUUUUUAAAAAUGUUUUUAUUGUCUUAAUUCCUAUAAACUAUCAAAAUAAAGUCGCACACUCCAUGUACAAUCUCCCAGCAAUGUAAUGGGUAUUUACCAACGUUUCGGCAUCACUGUGCCUUCCUUAAUUACUGCCAAAAGAUUUAUUAGACGGUUUAAAAUGUAGACAACGUGCGUGCGUCAUUGUUGGAUUAUUCUAGUGUAGGCCUACCUCAAGUGGAGAUGUUGUUUCUUACCUUCACCAGCUUGGGGCGGCACACCAGAAAGUCCAGGACCCAAUUGCACAGGGUGGGGUUGAGACCCAGGGCCUCCAGCUUAAUGAUGAGCUUGGAGGGUACUAUGGUGUUGUAUGCUGAGCUGUAGUCAAUGAACAACAUUCUUACAUAGGUAUUCUUACAGAUGGGAUAGGGCAGUGGGAUGGUGAUUGCAUCGUCUGUGGACCAGUUGGGGCGGUAUGCAAACUGAAGUGGGUCUAGGGUGGCAGGUAACAUGGAGGUGAUAUGAUCCCCGACUAGUCUCUCAAAGCACUUCAUGAUGACAGAAGUGAGUGCUACGGGGCGAUAGUCAUUUAGUUCAGUUAUCUUUGCCUUCUUCGGUACAGGAACAAUGGUGGCCAUCUUGAAGCAUGUGGGGACAGUAGACUGGGAUAGGGAGCAAUUUAAUAUGUCCGUAAACACACCAGGACGCGGCUAGGGAUGCCGUCUGGGCCAGCAGCCUUGCAAGGGUUAACACGUUUAAAUGUCUUACUCACGUCGGAAACAGAGAAGGAGGGGGGGCAGUCCUUGUUAGCGGGCCGCGACUGUGGCACUGUAUUAUCCUCAAAGCGGGCAAAGACGGUGUUUAUUUUGUCUGGAAGCGAGACGUCGUUGUCCGUGACGUAGCUGGUUUUCUUUUUGUAGUCCGCAAUUGCCUGUAGACCCUGCCACAUACGUCUCAUGUCUGAGCCGUUGAAAUGCGACUCCACUUUGUCACUAUACCGACAUUUUGCUUGUUUGAUUGCCUUGCGGAGGGAAUAACUACACUGUUUGUUUUCAGCCAUAUUCCCAGUGGUUAAAUGCGGUGGUUCGCGCUUUCAGUUAUGCCCGAAUACCACCAUCCAUCCACAGUUUCUGGAUAGGGUAGGUUUUAAUAGUCACAGUGGGUACAACAUCUCCAAUGCACUUCCUUAUAAACUCACUCACCGAGUCGAUGUUGUUCUGAGGCUGACCGGAACAUUUCCCAAUCGCGUAAUCAAAACAAUCUGGAAUCGUGGAUUACGAUUGGUCAGACCAGCAUUGAAUGGUGCUAGUCAUGGGUACAUCCUGUUUGAGUUUCUGCCUUUAGGACGGUAGGAGCAAGAUGGAGUCGUGGUCGGAUUUGCCGAAGGGAGGGCGAGGGAGGACCUUGUAUGCAUCGUGGAAGUUAGAGUAGCAGUGAUCGAGUGUAUUGCCCGUGCUGCAAUCGAUAUGUUGAUAGAAUUUAGGUAGCCUUGUUCUCAAAUGUGAUUUGCUAAAAUCCCCAGCUACAAUAAAUGCAUCCCCAGAAUAUAUGGUUGCCAGUGUACAGAGUCCAGUGAAGUUCCUUGAUGACCGUCGUGGUGUCUGCUUGAGGGGGUAUAUACACAGCUGUGAUAACUGAUGAGAAUUCUCUUGGGCGAUAAUAUGGCCGGCAUUUGAUUGUAAGGAAUUCAAGGUUGGGUGAGCAGAAGGACUUGAGUUCCUGUAUGUUGUUAUGAUUACACCAUGAAUUGUUAAUCAUGAAGCAUACACCCCUGCCCUUCUUCUUCCCAGAGAGGUGUUUAUCUCUGUCGGUGCGACGCAUGAAGAAGCCCGUUGGCUGAACCGACUCUGACAACAUAUCCCGAGAGCGCCAUGUUUCCAUGAAACGGAGAAUGUUACAAUCUUUGAUGUCUCUCUGGAAGGCAAUCCCUCUGGAAGGCAACUGGACAUUGGCAAGUAGUAUACUUGGAAACGGUGAGCAAAGUGCACGCCUACGGAGCCUGACCAGGAGGCCGCUCCGUCUGCCUGUUCUGCGGCGACAUUGUUUUGGGUAGGCUUCUGGGAUUAGAUCCACUGUCCUGGGUGGUGGUCCAAACUAAGGAUCCGCUUCGGGAAAGGCAUAUUCCUGGUCGUAAUGUUGGACAGAGCUAGCCCGUCUCCCUCCACCCUGCCGGAGUCCACGGGUCACAACUCUCCCGGUAGCGCCUUACUGCUGAGUCUGAAGAGGGUGUCUGUGCGGCUGGUCGACUGCAGGAAAACACCAGGGCAGAGUGGAACUGUGAGAGAAGGACACGAGGAGGGAGAUGGAGAUUUGAUUUCAUCAAGGGACACUCCUAACCAUCGUUCUCUCAGUGGGAGGGACUUAUCAUCUGGGGAGCCUCAACAACAUCAUGUUGCUGACGAGACAGAGAAGAGUCUUUCGCAAUCAGAACACCUCAAACACCAGCACAAACGUACAGGGAAGAAAUCUCACCACAGCUGCUCUGACUGUGGGAAGAGUUUCACUACACGGAGGUCCUUCAUAAUUCACCAGCGAACACACACAGGAGAAAAACCUUAUAGCUGUGAUCAGUGUGGGAAGAGUUUUGCUCGAGCUUCUAACCUGACUACACACCAGCGAACACACACAGGAGAAAAGCCCUAUAGCUGUGAUCAGUGUGGGAAGAGGUUUGCUGCAUAUAACACCUUCAAAUAUCAUCUGAGAAUUUAUGAAGGGGAGAAGCCCUACCCCUGCCUUGAUUGUGGGAAAAACUUUGUUAAUGCAGGAGCCUUAACCAUACACCAGCGUGUACACACUGGAGAGAAGCCUUAUAGCUGUGAUCAGUGUGGAAAGAGCUUUGCUGUAGCUUCCACCCUGAAUAAACACCAGCGCAUACACACUGGAGAGAAGCCUUAUAUCUGUAAUCUGUGUGGGAAGAGCUUUGCUGUAUCAGAUAAACUAACUAUACACCAGCGCAUACACACUGGAGUGAAGCCUUAUAGCUGUGAUCAUUGUGGAAAGAGCUUCGCUUUAGCUUCCACCCUGAAUAAACACCAGCGCAUACACACUGGAGAGAAGCCUUAUAGCUGUGAUCAUUGUGGAAAGAUCUUUGCUCGAGCUUCCACCCUAACUAUACACCAGCGAACACACACAGGAGAGAAGCCUUAUAGCUGUGAUCAGUGUGGAAAGAGCUUUGCUUUAGCUUCCACCCUGACUGCACACCAGCGAACACACACAGGAGAAAAGCCUUAUAGCUGUGAUCAGUGUGGAAAGAUCUUUGCUGAAUCAGGGACCCUGAAUUCACACCAGCGAACACACACUAGAGAGAAACCCUAUGUCUGUCUAUGUGGAGAGAGCUUUGCUCGUUUAGGCCCAAUGAAAAAACACCAGAAAGCAAAAAUGUGCCAUAUUUCAUCUCCCUCCCUUCUGUCACCGGUUCCAGAUCCAUAAAUAAAGGAUCAGUAGAAAACAUACAGUGAACAGUCAUAUCCAUCUCCCAUUCUUAAACAGUUGCCUCAGUCUGCUCACCAUGGUAACCUCUGGAGCAUAAUAUGCAGCUCUGAUCUAGGAUCAGGUCUCCCCUGUGUCUAUGUAAUAUCACACAUUGAUCUAAAUGGAUAAAUGUUAUAGGGAACCUGUGUGUGUGUGUGUGGGAGGGAUGUUGAUAAUUGUAUCUUCUUUCAUAUACUCAUGAUACUAUUAUUAUUAAAUGUCAUUAUGUAGAAUAAUGUUUCAACAAUAACCGGAAGGUUGCUGGAUCGAAUCCCACACGGACAAGGUAAAAGAUCUGUCAUCUGCCCCUGAACAAGGCAGUUAACCCAUUGUUCCCCGGUAGGCCGUCAUUCCAAAUAAGGAUUUGUUCUUAACUGACUUGCCUAGUUAAAUAAAGGUUAAAUUAAAAGAAAAAUCAUAUAUUCAAUUGAUCAAUAAAUUCAAGCCAUUAUCUUCUAAACAAUAACUUUAAUUUGUUUUAUAAUAUCUAAAUUGAUUUGUUCCUAAAACUAAUCAAUAAUACAUUGGAUAAUAAUAUCCAUGAGGUCAAGGCAAGAACUAUGCAUGCUGUGUCUUGUAACAAUGGUUAAUGUAAUAACUUUUAGAUUUAUAAUGUAAUAUGUUGAUUGUUAAUUAUAAAAUAUUGAAUUGUUA